ACACUUUUCACUUGAAUGCACUGCUAUCCUUGGUUAUAAAAAUAUUAGCACUAAUGAUACAGCAAACUGCUAUUGGCUGAUCAAUCAAAACUUUACUGAUUUCUAUCCAAACGUUCUUGAAGAUAUUUUUAGUGUUACUACAAAUGGGGAGCUGAAUUACAUCCAUCUCUAUCUGCAUAUUCUCAAAAUGGUUCCAGAAUAUUAUGAUGUGCCUAUUACAUGUGUGGUACAAAGUACUGAAGGAGUCGACCACUCAUCUCUGUAUGUCAGGAAAUUCAUAUCUUCAGAAAUUUUGCAACCGCAGAUAUUAGGUGAUGGAGGGAGUGAAACAGUGUAUACAGAACUGGGACAUAAUUUGACACUUGAAUGUAAAGUUUUUCUUGGAAGUAACCCUGAUUUAGUUUUAUACUACUGGGUAUAUCAAAAUGAUACCGUGAUAGACUGCACAGACGAGAUAAAAACAACAUGUGCUACAUACACAAAGAACGAAAACAGCCCCAUGUUUAGCAUCAGUGAAUUACAUUUAAUCAACAUAAAUGAACAUGAUAUGAAUAAUCCAUAUACAUGCAAAAUGGAUAACACAUAUAACAACUCAUCGAAGGACUUUAUUCUUAAAUUGAAAGAAAAAAAGCAAGACAUUUCUCAGCAUGCCUUUAAUACAUCAAUGGCCACAUCAAUCACUUUAACCAUUUGCUUUCUUAUCCUGGUGUUUGUGGGCCUGUUCUUUAGAAUAGAUAUUGUUUUACUAUAUCGGAAGCUAGCGGGAAUGGAUGAAACCAUCGGGGAUGGAAAGGAAUAUGAUGCAUUUUUAUCCUUCCUAAAUAAUUCUGUUACUGAUUCUGAGGAAGAGCACGAGUUUGCUUUCCACAUUCUACCUACUGUUAUGGAAAAUCACUUUGGUUAUAAAUUAUGUAUUCGUGAGCGAGACCUAUUACCAGGAGGAGCCAUAGUUGAUGAUGUGCACUCAUUUCUUGAGAAAAGUAGAAGAUUAAUCAUACUCCUCAGCAAAAACUACUUAUCUGACAAAAGAAUGUAUGAACUUGACACUGGCCUAUACAAAGCAAUGGUUGAAAGGAAAAUCAAAGUGAUUUUGGUGGAAUAUUUACCUCUGUGUAAGAUGAACAUAAUGCCAGAAUCGUUAAAGCUUCUUAAAGCAAGCAAGAGAGUGAAAUGGAAAGGGGAUCAAUCUCGCCCUUUGAAGUCCAGAUUUUGGAAGAAGAUCCAGUACUUAAUGCCAGUGAAGCCAAUAAUUCCAUGUAUUUCUCAUUCAAAAGUUGAUAAUUCUGUUUUAUAAUUAUAAAAGGAAACUAUUUGUUACUGCAGCAAUAAAGUGAUGGUAAUCUAUGCAAGUAUCAAAGGUUUGCAAACCUUUUAUCAGACACUGGAAUAGCAAACCAUAUUAUAAUUUAUUAAAAUGUUACUUACGUUAUUGUAUUUGAAAUCUUUUUAUUCCCUGUCAAUCACUCUCGUUCCGCCACCGUAGCAAUGGCUCUUUUCUGCAUUGCAGUGACGUGUAGAGCAGCCCCGCCCACUCUACACGUCACUAUGUACAUCCCUACCCUCUCUUAUAUUCUCUCAAAAAGCGCACUCCUGUGCCCUCAACAAUUCUCACAUGUGCAAUCGAUCCUGUCACGUCUGUAAAGUAAACAGAGGAUCACGAGUUUCUCUGUUUACUUUCAGCAAUCCAAGUAAACACUAAGGGCUAGAUUAGAUUAAUUUGCCCAUUUAUGGGCGAACGUUAAAUAACCAGCCAUUACAAGUGGCAGGUUAAUGCUCCUGCGAGCUCGUGGGAGUACUUUGCGUGUUUUUUUAGAAAACCCCCCAAACAUUACGGUCAAUGGGGGACUGUGUUUUCACUUUCAAUAUACAGUAUCUUACAAAAGUGAGUACACCCCUCACAGUUUUGUAAAUAUUUUAUUAUAUAUUUUCAUGUGACAACACUGAAGAAAUUACACUUUGCUACAAUGUAAAGUAGUGAGUGUACAGCCUGUAUAACCAUAUAAAUUUGCUGUCCCCACAAAAUAACUCAACACUUAGCCAUUAAUGUCUAAACCGUUGGCUACAAAAGUGAGUACAUCCCUAAGUGGAAAUGUCCAAAUUGGGCCCAAUUAGCAAUUUUCCCGCUUUUACUAGCUAAUACUCAUACAUGUGUGCCAUUACAUAGAUUAAAGCGAGUCAUACAGCAACACUAAAGAUUGGCCGGUGAAGAGUGAUGUAAUAAAAAAUAAAAAAAACAUUUGUGAAGGGGGGGGGGGGGGCAGAUGGGAGAGCAGGAUUACUAUAGUGAAGGUUCUUGCUGAAAAUGCUAUUGCCGGAAGGUAUGUGAAAAAAUUACAACACUAUUUAACUUUAUUUGGCAGGAACUUCACAUUUCAACAAAGUUGUAUAUGCAAGUUUACCAUGACAUUAAAGUUUUCUAACUGUAUCAUAAAACAGACAAAAGCAGGCUGUACAGUGUUGAAGCAUGAAAUAUAAAAUAAAAUGAUACACAGUAGGGAAAUAAAAUAUACACAAAACACUUGUUUAUACUAAUCUGUUUACAUUUCAUUUGAAUACUGAAGGAUUACAGAGCCAGGAGUAAAUCUAUUUAUUAUUAUUAUUAUUAUUAUCAGUUAUUUGUAGAGCGGAAAAAGUUUCUGCAGCGCUAGUUUUGUGAUAGCGCUUAUAUUUAUUCAGAUUUUUCAUCUUUUUGUCUUUUUUUCACCUAUUUAGCCAGCUAUAAAAUGUAUUUUUAGUUAUUUAAUAUAUUAUAUAAUUUUGAUAUAAAAAGGUGUGUUCAGUUUCAGGCAGCCUUUAGUUGCACCAAAACCAUAAUUAAUAAUAAUUACAACCCUCCCUAAUUAAGCAUAACAUAAAACUUUUCACCCUCAAAGUGAUGACUAUGAGUCACAAAAUGUGUUAAUUUUCUUUCUAACACACUAAAAAAUGUCCAGCACAAUACAUUGGUACAGCAGAGCAGACAUUUAAACUUCAGACUCGCCAGAAACGCAAGUUAUGGAGCAGCGGUCUAAAGACCGCUGCUCCAUAACCUGUCCGCCUGCUCUGAUGAGGUGGACAGAGAUCGCCACAAUUCAACCCGAUCGAGUACGAUCGGGUUGAUUGACACCCCCCUGCUGUACAUUUUUACUGCAUCAUGAUACCAUAGAGAGAACUGUUAAACAGUGGAUUCCCUUAAUUAAAGGAGGUCACAAAAAAUAAAAUAAAUAGUUAUUUAUUUGAGUAUCGUGCUGAGACACAUAUGACAACUGUGUAGAAUCAGCUAUCUACACGUUAUCCUAAGAGUGAAGAUAAGGAACGAACCCAUAUAUAAUAAUCUAUUUCAAUAAAAAUGUAAAUUACUACCCCACUAGAGGAAGACUGCAAUAUAAAGGUGUGGCACUUAUUACAUUUCACAACAGACCAUAACACCAUUGUCACUUAUACAGCUUCAAAUUAUUAAGACUCGGAGAGUUAUUAAACUGUAUAGUGUAAUCAGAAAAUGUGAUAUUUUACUUUAAUGUAUUUAUGUUGUGUUUGGUGCAACUUUUUUUUUUUAACCCUUAUACUUUAUUUGAGGAUCUUCAGACGCGCUAAUCCAGUGAGUGCAAAUUCUGUUUACACUCAAGCUCAACUGUUUACUUGCAAAUUGUAAUAUGUACUCUAGUUAACGUGGUUGCAAUAUUGCUUAUUGCGUCUCACUCUAACAAUAGCACAGCGCCACUUGUAAUCUAGCCCCAAAUCUUUUGGCAAGCUUGUUUAUCUUGUAUUAAAGGGACAGUCAACACUAGAAUUUUUGUUGUUUUAAAAGAUAAAUAAUCCCUUUAUUACCCAUUCCUCAGUUUUGCAUAACAAAGACAGUUAUAAUAAUAUACGUUUUACCUCUGUAAUUACCUUGUAUCUAAGCCUCUGCAGACUGCCCCCUUAUUUCAGUUCUUUUGACAGACUUGCAUUUUAACCCAUCAGUGCUCACUCCUCGGUAAAUUCCUGUGCAUGAGCUCAAUGUUAUCUAUAUGACACACAUGAACUAACGCCCUCUAGUGGUGAAUAACUGUCAAAAUGCAUUGAUUAGAGGAGGCCUUCAAGGUCUAAGAAAUUAGCAUAUGAACCUCCUAGGAUUAGCUUUUGACUAAGAAUACCAAGAGAACAACUUGUACGGAUGAUUUUCUUUUACUAUGAAUAUUUAAUAAAAUGUGUAUAAAAUCCCCUAUUAAAUAAAGCUUAAACAAAUGUA